AAUUUGUCUUCUACUUGAAGUCCCCAUUAGGGGCCCAGUGACUUGCGUUUGCGAGAUAUUGGAGUAACAGUCUCAUUAGCAUAUUUGAAACAGAAAACGAUGAGUAAGGUUUCGUUCAGGGCUCGGGCGCUGGACGCCACGAAGCCCAUGCCGAUCUACAAGGCUUGUGAGAUUCCAGACAUGAAGGACUUUGCACAAAUAAAUCGUUCUGUGCCGCAAAUGCCGACUGGAAUGGAGAAGGAGGAAGAAACGGAGCACCAUCUUCAGCGGGCUUUGUCGGCACAGCAAGUGUAUGGCUCUUCAGAGGCUCUGGUCAUUCCCAUUCCAGAGGUGCAAGACAUCUCUGACAGAUAUGACUGUCUCUAUCCGGAGACGUUCAAGCCUACAAAACAGUACAUUCACAUACAAGCAUUCAGUAUGGACCAAGAGAUCCCGGAUUAUGACAUGGACAGUGAUGACGACUCCUGGCUGAACGAGCAGAGCAAGAAGAUGGAAAUCACACCCAUCAAAUUUGAGGAAAUGAUGGACCGACUGGAAAAAGGCAGUGGUCAGCAGGUCGUAACUCUUCAGGAAGCAAAACUGCUUUUGAAAGAGGAUGAUGAUCUGAUCAUAGCCGUGUAUGACUACUGGCUCAACAAGAGGUUGAAAAUGCAACGGCCGUUGAUAGCCACUGUGAAAUCAGAGAAGCGAGAUGGAACAACCACAAACAACCCUUAUGUUGCAUUUCGCAGAAGGACUGAGAAGAUGCAGACUCGAAAGAAUCGCAAAAACGACGAGGUGUCCUAUGAGAAGAUGCUGAAGCUUCGCAGGGAUUUACAGAAAACUCUGACACUGCUGGAAUUAUUGAAACGCAGAGAGAAGAGUAAGAAAGAAUUGCUGCAGCUCACCAUUGAGGUUUUGGAGAAGAGAAAUGAAAUGGAAGAUUACUCGGGCGGUGCCUUGGCUGAGGCGGAGGAGGAGAGAGACAAGCAUCCGACGUUUGUCGCUCCUUUUGCCCUGAACAGUCGCGGGGAGUGGGUGCAGACUUUCAAAGGGGAGGAAGUGGCUCCAGUCCGCAAGAAGCGCCAGUACCGCAAGAGAAAACAGUCGCAGCAACAGCAGCAGUCCAAUCAACUCAUACCUCACGCCGCCUCCCACCACUUCCAGCAGCAACAACAUUCCAGUGGAGAAGUGGAUGUCAUGGAUAGCUCGGAUGAUGACAUGCUCUCGCCUGCUAUGUCGCAGUCAGACCAUGAGGACGAGAACGACCCAGACGGCAUGUUUGCCUUCAAGAGGAGGAAAAAUUGUCACUACCACCAGGCUCUUCACUCUGGGCAGGGCAACUGGCCGUGGUGUGGUCCCGAGGAAGGGGGCCGGGGGGACAAGCGGUUCCGGUUUUCACUUACCUCAUUACCCUCGGGCUGUGUGGGCUAUGCGCGCCGGAGAGUAGGAAGGGGUGGACGGAUUAUAUUUGACAGAACAAGCACUCCUUGGGACGACACGUUGGAACGGCUUGACUUUGGUUCCUCUUACCACCACUCAAGUAUUUAUUCUGACUACGUCACUUACGUCCGAGAAAACAAAAUUCCUCAUUAUAGACCCAAAACCCCUCCCCCAGAAGAUGACCGCCUCUCUCCCUCUGCGGGCUCUGGAAAUUUUGGCGUGGGGGGUAGCUCGGGCUUUGGCGGUGGCUCCAACUACUUUGGCCACGGCAUGCCCACGGAGUUUGACGUGGAGAGCUUCCAGUGCCACCAGGAGGAGCUGCUGGAGCAGCAGCGGGAACAGCAACAGCGCCUCCUCACGGAGGACGGCCACGCAACGACACAGCAGCAACGCGGCAGCAGCACGGUCACCCUCGACCUGGAUCCCGGCCACACGCCCGGACAGCUGGGCAGCCCGCUGACCUUGGACUCUGCCAGCGCGGAGUUUGCCGUCCGGGCCCUGGUGGACUCGCCUAGCAGCCUCGGCAGCUUGCCCGUCCUGGAGGGCGCCACGCCUGGCAGUCUACACACCACCACCCCCACCGCCUCCUCCCCCGUGGGCAGCAGGACCAGCCUUCAGCAGCUCGGCUUCUCGUUGGUCGGCAAAGCGGGGGACAUUGGCGGUGGCGGAGGGGCUCCGGUGAGCGGCAGCAACGGAAAGACUAUCUCAAACUCAUCGAUAUCGUCAGCGUCAUCCUCAUCCUCAUCCCGGCUGGCCCCGCCGCCAGACAGCAAUGCCAAACUGCCCACCAUCUCCAGCGGCACGUUAGCGGCAGCGUCGUCCGUUCCGUCGAUCUCACUGCUGCAUAAAUCCCCCUCGGCCCCCAUCCUGCCACAGUUGAAUGUCUCCUCCUCCGCGUCCGUUCUCUCCUCCAUGCCGUUGUCCUCCACUGCCACCAUCUUGCUUUCUCACCCCGUCAAAAGCAAUGGGCCUCUCUCCUCAUCGACUCACGUCAAAUCAUCCAGCGGGCUUUCAACCUCACCAGCAGCCAACGUGCUCCAGCUCAACUUCCCGGCGACGUCGGCCACGUUGCUCCCCUCUCUGUCUUCGCAGUCGUCCUCGUCCUCCUCGUCUAGUCCGGCGGUGGUGGCCGUGGCCCCGCCCUCUGCCACGCCCACCACCACGCUGCAGCUACAGAGGUCCCUCAACAACAAGCUGGCGGUCAGCCCCGGGGCGGCCAACGCCCUCUACAAGAUGCCCGUCACGGCCGCCUCCACCACCAACUUUGAAAUGCUCAG